AUGAGGAUAUAUAUAAUAUUAGAAGAUAGUGAUAUAUAUAAUAAAGAAUCAAGAUUAGAUAUUUUACAUCAAUCUUUAUUAAUAUUACAAGAUUCUAUUAUUAAUAAGGUAAUCAAUAAUUAUCCAUUUAUCCAUUUAAUUAUCCAUUUAAUUAUCCAUUUAUCCAAAAUUAUGAAAAAUUAA